AUGCACACAGGUUUCACUUGGCAGGAUGAUUAUACUCAGGGCACUGUAGCCCAGGAACUGGAAAAUAUCCCAAAAAUUCACCAGUGGCACCCUGAAUUUUUAGCAAGUGAUGGAGUCAAAUCAAUCAGGACUUCAAAGUCUACAGUUGGUAAUAAAAGGCCAUCUGUGCUCGAAAAGGAUAUCAACUUGGCCAAGAGUCUUCAGCAGUAUCUCACCUACCUGAGGAUUCUCACCCGUGCCUCAACUGCUGAUGUAUAUCCCUGGAUUAAGAGUGACAAAGCUGCCUUUCAGAGCAAUAUCUUCCCUCAACGUCUACUAAACUACAUUGCUCAGAAGACCAGAGGAAGUAGUCCUGAGCUGGCCUAUGUUCCCAUAUCUCAUCCAAAUUAUCCUGAUAAUCCCUCCCUGAGGGCCUUCAGACAAAUCCAGCCACAUGUGUUCUCCUACAACCUGGACCCAGAUUUCGACAAACAGAAUGUGGUUGCUGCUGUCAAGGCCUACAUGGCCCAGAAUGUGGGAGAGAACCCUGACCAAGGCUCCAGUGGAAGGACUAGAGAUGGCCCUCAUUUUGGUAAUCGAUUUCUCUCACCACACAAUGAAGCCUUCGCCAAAGAGGAGAAAAUGGAUGUGAAGGCAAAGCCACUUUUCCUCCUGCAAACUGGAUUGAGAGAGCUGAGACCCGGCCCUGGAAUGUCAGUUCAAAAAUUACUCUCUGUGCCUGCAGAUGCCAAGGACUCUCUGAGUACACUGGAUGAAACCUUGAUUGAGAAUGUCCUGAAGGACCUGAGGAAGCCACAGGGAAAUGUGGACAAUCUGAGUCCCCUGGAGCUGGAAAAGAUAGCUGAUGUGAUCACAGAUGCCAUGCAAAGUUCAAAUACAGAAGAAGUGCCAGGAAUCGUGGGAGCUGAGGCUGAAGGAGAAGAAAGGGAACAAGAAAUGAAAGGGAUCAGCAGUCCACAAUCAAACGACUACCAGCAUGGCUUGAUGGUUGAAGAUAAUUUACAAGGUAACAGAUUGCAGGAAAGUGAUGAUGGAGUUGAUGAGAAGGUAAAAGGUUUGGAUACCCAAUUGGUGGUCCUUGAGAAUGAGCAGGAGACUCAACACCUGCCUGAAGGACCUUCUUCUGAAAAGCCCUUUAAAACAGAGACCAAGAAAUCAGAAGAUAUUGAAUCUUCCUUUUCCUCUGAAGAGGAGAAUGCUGGGGUUGAAAAUGUGAAAAGUGAGACCUAUUCCCAAGAACUGACAGCAGAGAAGACACCAAAUGCUGACCCUGAUGUCAAUGAAUUUGUGGAGUUUCAGGACUGGAUGCAGGGUACUCUGAAACAAGAUGAAAAGCUCUCUGAAGGACCUCCCAAAAUUCCUGGGGAAGGCUUACAAUUAGAAGUGAAGUCUUCUGAUGAGGAAGAAUAUGGCUACAUUGUGACUGAAAAAGACCCUCUGAGUGUAGAGAAGGGGCAGAAGUUGAUCAAGGAUGUGGAAUACCUACUGAAGUUGCCCCCAACCACCAUUGUGGAUAUCAGUGUGCUGGGACCAGCAGUGACCUUCAAAGUGAGUUCCAGUUUCCAAAACAUGACAACUGCAGAUGUUGCAAAGGCAGCAGCUGACAACAAAGACAAGCUUGAAAAAGCCUCAGGACUGAAAAUUCUCCGAAGUGGAAUUGGGUCGAAAAGUAAAUUAAAGCUUUUGCCUCAUGGAGUAGAGCAAGAAGACUCUACUAAAUUCAUUAUCCUCACCCUGAUCUCCAUUGCUUGCAUCGUUGGAGUCCUCCUAGCUUCAGGGGUCCUCUAUUGCCUCCGCCAUAGUUCUCAUCACAAGCUGAAGGAAAAGCUUUCAGCACUAGGAGCUGAUUCAGGCUCAGAUGCCACUGCUGCUUACCAGGAGCUAUGCCGUCAGCGCAUGGCUGUCAAGACAUCUGAUCGCCCAGAGCCACUGCAUACUUCCCGUAUCAAUAGUGUUUCAUCACAGUUCAGUGAUGGGCCCAUCCCUAGUCCUUCUGCACGGAGCAGCACUUCUUCCUGGUCUGAAGAACCAGUCCAAUCCAACAUGGACAUUUCCACCGGUCACAUGAUCUUGUCCUAUAUGGAAGAUCACUUGAAGAAUAAGAACCGACUGGAGAAAGAGUGGGAAGCACUCUGUGCCUACCAGGCUGAACCCAACACAUCUCUGGUAGCCCAGAAGGAAGAGAAUGUGCAGAAGAAUCGUUCUCCUGCCGUACUAACAUAUGAUCAUUCCAGGAUACUUCUGAAAUCUGAAAAUAGCCAUGACAAUUCUGACUACAUCAAUGCAAGUCCCAUUAUGGAUCAUGAUCCCAGAAAUCCUGCAUAUAUUGCUACCCAAGGACCACUUCCAGCUACUGUGGCUGACUUUUGGCAGAUGGUCUGGGAGAACGGCUGUGUCGUUAUUGUCAUGCUGACACCCCUCACGGAAAACGGAGUCAAGCAGUGCUACCACUAUUGGCCAGAUGAAGGGUCCAACCUUUACCACAUCUAUGAGGUAAAUCUGGUGUCUGAGCACAUCUGGUGUGAAGAUUUCCUUGUGAGAAGCUUUUAUUUGAAAAAUCUUCAAACCAAUGAAACCCGGACCGUAACCCAGUUCCAUUUCCUUAGUUGGUAUGACCAGGGAGUUCCUUCUUCUACAAGAUCACUUCUGGAUUUCCGCAGAAAAGUAAACAAGUGCUACAGGGGACGUUCUUGUCCAAUUAUUGUUCAUUGCAGCGAUGGCGCGGGAAGGAGCGGCACCUACGUGCUGAUUGACAUGGUUCUCAAUAAGAUGGCCAAAGGUGCUAAAGAGAUUGAUAUUGCUGCUACCCUGGAGCACUUGAGGGACCAGAGACCGGGCAUGGUCCAGACAAAGGAGCAGUUUGAAUUUGCCUUGACAGCAGUGGCUGAGGAAGUAAACGCAAUACUAAAGGCACUCCCUCAGUGAGCAUCCCCAUUCCUUGAAGCUUUCUGAAGACUCGUCCCUCAUCUCCUCAUCCUCCAUUCCUGUGAACACUGUUGGAAACUAUAACUUGACCUUAACUGUGUCUUCUAUUGUAAUCACAUAGUCAUAGGGUCUUCAAAAUGCCUAUAGCUGAUACAGUUUAGCGGUUAAAAUGUGUAUUUUUGUUUAAAUAAAAAAUAUAUAGAAACAUCCAUUGUUUGAGAAAGGGGGAAUAAUUCAUCUAUUCAUUUUCACUUUCUUGAAAUAAUUUUUCACUUCCUUAAAGCAAACAUUUCACACGCAUUUAAUUUCAAAUAAUAUAAUAGUAGUGGUUCACUAAUUAGCAUAUUCUUAUGCUCUUAGAAAAGAGUGCUUAGUUUUCAUCUAUAGCUUUCCAAAGGAAGACUGAUAGGGUCUUAAAUUAAAAACACGCAGGUAACAAAAAAAAUCACAUUGGAGAUAUGUGUAUGUGUAUGUAUAUACACACACAAACAUACAUAUAGAGAUACAUAUAUAUUUUUUUAAAAACCUGACUUACCAUAAAGAGAUGCUACCUUCCCAUGAAGAGUUUGAGCAGCUAGACAGAAGGUUACCUUAACAGUUGUUAAUAUUCUGUAGCUUUUAUACAAAUGCCAGGAAGAAAGCAAAUUGCUGGCGUCCUGCUGCUGGCCUAAGCUGGAGGAAGGUGAUUUCACCUUACUGGCGCAGAUGUUUGGCAGCCAAAAGCAUAUAAUCCACAAUACUGAUCACAAGGAUUUUCUCCCAUGUUCAAAUAUGCUUUCAUCUUAUGUAUAUACUAUGCUUAGAAAUUUUUUAAAUUACAUUUCCUGCUCACAUAAAGUGCUUCCCCUACCUUAAAGUGCUAAAUAAUGCUAUGUUUCCAUUCAAACGUAGGGACAGACUUUCCCUGUGAUAGAAACUUAUUCAAAACAAUAUACUAGUCCAUCUAACAUGGAACCAUAUGUCAGUCCAGCAUUAGGGCAGCAGCAUUGCAAUAUUCAUUGUGUGGCUGGAUGGUCAGAAUAGAAAGAAAAAUGCAACAAGGUGCUUGUGGAAAGUUUCUGAAUACCACACUAACCAGUCUAACACAGUAACCUCACAGUCCAAGAGAUGCAAUAGUACAACCUGUAGGGAAUGUUUUAUGGGUCCCUCUUGGUAGUCCUGGGAAAUGUACCAUGGAAAUUCCCAUUCAUUUCAUGGAAGGGAAGGCAUAUAAAGAAACUUACUUCUUUACGUGUGACUUCACAAUGUCAAAAACACCCAGUAGAAAGAUAGAAAGUAUAAUCAGACAUCCAUUUAUAUUUUGUCCUCUAAUGCCUCAUUUAACAAGAUUUUCAUCCCCUUGCUGAAUUAGAUUGGGUAUUUGGGGUUUAUAUUUGGGGGCUGAAUACUUUUGUUAAAAUUGUACUCUGUGUUGUUGUUGGCCUCCCAAAGAUACUUAUUCUUUUGCCUUUCAUUGGACAUAAUUAUCAUGCUAAACAGACCCAAAGGUCUUCCUCCCUGGUUUGGAUUAAUUCAUAGGACUGUGUACAAAGUGUUUCCUGUCCCUUUGCUUUUCCACUGCAUACCAUGCAAUGCCUACCAUUUUAACAAGUUAUGACAUUUGAAGAAGCAGUUCCUACUGUAAGAAAAAGAGAGAUGCCAAAAUGUAUACAUCUGUUAAUGGUAUAGGCGUAUGACACUGCUUUAACACAUCUACCUUUCCUUUGGAAAAAUUAUGGGUUUUUUUUCCUAGUGGUAAUUUAAAUCAAAGGCAAGAAAACUAUCUGAAUGAAGGGAACUAAUACCUAAUUAUAAUGUACAACUAUGUAUGUCUCAGAUAUCCUCCAAUGAGGGAGGUAUAUUUAAUUGUGCCAUAUUAAACUUUUGAUUUCAGACUUGAAUGGUCUUCAUUUAUGGAUGGGAGAACACUUCUUUUUCCUAUCAAACUAUAUUAUUUUGGAAACCAACAUAAGUUUAUGUUUGCUUAAACAGUAAUAGUGUAUGCUUAGAGCCGAAAGUCAUAUUGCUAUUUUAACUACUGUGUAUGAAGUAUAUUAAAGGCAGGAAUGUCACAGAGAUCUUAUUUUUAGCAAAAUAAUUAAUCUUAUCAAAAGGCUCCAGACAUGCCUUUUUCUAAAUAGGUGUCAUAGUCUAUUCUUAGUAUCUGUAACUAUUUGAUAUGGGUAUCCUAUAGGGAAGUGAUUACAGGUACCAUUUUCUUCUACACAAAGCAUUCCAGGCAGAAGAAUGUCUGUCUCCCUUCUAUCUCUGGGAAAUGAGUUUCCACGACCUUCUUUAGUAACUAAACAUUUGUCCUAGUAUUUCUUCAAAUCCUUUACUACCACAGAGAUCUUCCUUAAAUACCCUACAAAUUGUCUAUGCUUUGGGAAAAGUUCAUUUCUUCUUUUGGCCUCAGUGGAGCUAAAAAUGACCUAAUUAACCUCCUCUGCAUAACGGCCUCUCAGAAUACCUGAAAACAGCUAUUAAGUGAUGAGCAUAUUUCAAGCAAUAACUAAAAGAAAAUGCAUUCCUAGGAGAUGACAGUCAAGAGAAACUUUUUCCAAUUCAAUAUUUGACUAUUUAGGUAAAUAAAGUUAAAUAAUCACCAUCAAGCAACUUUGCCUCAAUAACUUCAGUCAGGACAAUGGCAUGGCUUCUGAAGACAUACUACUAUGUCUCAACUGAUUAACUUCCAAUCCCUUAUUAAGAGAAUGAUCUCAAACACUUAAUGCAGGAAUAGUUAGUAUAACUCUGCUUUACAACUAACCACAGGUGAAUGAAAACCUACUGCAUCAAUUUUGCUCCUUAUGUAUUUCCCAGAGGCAGAACAGACUUACUGAAUAUUUCAAUGAGCUGAAUAAAUUCACACAAGGCUAAUAUAGCUGGUAAUUCAGCACUAUAUCUAUGGCACUUCCCCCAAAGACUCUGGCAGUGGCCAGUUGAUUUUAGAACUUUGGCCAGAGUAACUCUACCUAAGUCUCUUCAUCAGUUAAAGUUCUGUGUAGUCAAAAAUGUUUUACUUUUUAAAUUAUUUUUAUGGUGAAUAAAACAAUCUCUAAUUCCUCCUUGGUGCCUAUAAGUUUGUGACCCAUAUUUCAGGAUUAUGCCCUAAGAUUACCUGCAGAACUUCCACUGCACAAGUAAAUAUGUUGUUUCAUGGUGUUCCUUCCCACUAAUUAUCAAUAGUGAUUAACAAUUGCCAUUGUCAAUAAAUAGCAUCAAUAACAAUUA